AUGUCUGUCGACAACGGCGAUCUCCGCUGCAAGAUGGACGAUGGGAUGGGGAGUGCUGGAGAAACCACCAAGAACGACCCAAAAGCCCACGUUGUGGAAUGGAAGCCGAAGAAGAGGAGCACGAUGACGACGGCGAAGGCGCUUGGGAGCGAUAUGAUGCGACGGCGAUGCGAUGCGAGCAAGCUGGCUGGCUGGCCGGCACUGGCCCAGCGGAAGGGGGGAACAACGGUAGAACGGGCGGAAAGGAGGCCAAGGAAACAUCAGGCAACUCACCGAGUUUACUCGAUUUGGCGCGGCCGUCUCACGGUAACCCAGUCUCCCACAAAGACCAACAAAGCGGGAGGUUUCGUUCGGAUCCAAUCCUGA